GCCCCCUCCUCGGCUGCAGCGGGCCGGGGGCGGGUCCUGCACCCACCAUGCGCGGAGAGCUCUGGCUCCUGGUGCUGGUGCUCCGGGAGGCUGCCCGGGCGCUGAGCCCCCAGCCCGGAGCAGGUCAGGAUGCAGGCCGAGGCUCUGCAUGGACCGGACCUGGCUGGCACCGGAGAGCCCGAGAGAGCCCUGGGCCAGUGUCGGAGCCAGACAGGACCCAGCUGAGCCAGGACCUGGGUGGGGGCACCCUGGCCAUUGACACGCUGCCGGAGAACAGGACCAGGGUAGUGGAGGACAACCACAGUUACUAUGUGUCCCGUCUGUACGGCCCCAGCGAACCCCGCAGCCGGGAGCUGUGGGUGGACGUGGCCAAGGCCAACCGGAGCCAAGUGAAGGUCCACAGAAUCCUCUCCAACACCCACCGGCAGGCUUCGAGGGUGGUCUUGUCCUUUGAUUUCCCUUUCUACGGGCAUCCUCUGCGGCAGAUCACCAUAGCAACCGGAGGCUUCAUCUUUACUGGUGACGUGACCCAUCGGAUGCUCACAGCGACUCAGUACGUGGCCCCUCUGAUGGCCAACUUCAACCCCGGCUACUCCGAAAAUUCCACAGUUGCUUACUUUGACAACGGGACAGUCUUUGUGGUCCAGUGGGACCGUGUCUACCUCCAAGGCCGGGAGGACAGGGGCAGCUUCACCUUCCAGGCAGCCCUGCACCGCGACGGCCGCAUCGUAUUCGGCUACAAAGAGAUCCCUAUGUCCGUCCUGGAAAUCAGCUCCUCCCAGCACCCCGUCAAAACAGGCCUGUCAGACGCCUUCAUGACUGUCAACACAUCCCCGGAUGUGCCAGAAUCCCGGCGGAGGGCCAUCUUUGAAUACCACCGCGUGGAGCUGGACCCCAGCAAGGUCACCAGCAGGUCGGCUGUGGAGUUCACCCCCUUGCCAACCUGCCUGCAGCAUCGGAGCUGCGACACCUGCAUGUCCUCGGACCUGACCUUCAACUGCAGCUGGUGCCACGUCCUCCAGAGAUGCUCCAGUGGCUUUGACCGACACCGCCAGGAGUGGCUGUUCUACGGCUGCGCCCAGGAGGCAGAGGACAGGACAUGUGAGGACUUCCAGGACGAGGACCACUACGCAUCCUCCCCCGACAGCUCCUUCAGCCCCUCUGGCGGAGACCUCAGCACCACCUCCUCCCCCCUCUUCCUGGACAGCCUCACCACGGAAGAUGACACCAAGUUGAAUCCCUAUGCGGGGGGAGACGGCCUUCAGAACAACCUGUCCCCCAAGACAAAGGGCCCCCCGGUACACCUGGGCACCAUUGUGGGCAUCGUGCUGGCGGUCCUCCUCGUAGCAGCCAUCAUCCUGGUGGGGAUCUACAUCAGCGGCCACCCCACUUCCAAUGCCGCGCUCUUCUUCAUCGAGCGGAGAUCUCACCACUGGCCGGCCAUGAGGUUCCGCAACCACCCCAACCACUCCACCUACACGGAGGUCGAACCCUCGGGCCACGAGAAGGAGGGCUUUGUGGAGGCGGAGCAGUUCUGAGAGCGCCAGGUCGCCCCUUGGAAGAGUAGGACAGAAGACCCGGGGACCCCAGAAGAGACAAAUCAAAACAAGGUGGAGAAGUGAUUUUUCUUGGCCUCCUCUGAACACACCCUGGCGGAGAAGAUGGGGCAGCAGCAUGGGGAGCCAGAGCUACGGUUUGGCCGUCACACUCCUAUAUUGAAGCAAGGGCAGAAAAGCAACCAAAUUGAGUUUUUUAAGGACCGAUCACCUAAAUUCAUCUUCUUUUGAUGCAAAGGGUCUCCCCUUCUGGGGCUCUCAGUGGUCUACUCAGUAGCUGCCCCAGAGGCCCCCUCCCCCCUGGUCACCCAACGCCCCUGCACACGACAAGAGAACUGAGCUCUCGGUUGGGGCCGCCGCAUUCCAGGAUCCAUAGACUCAAGAGCUGGUCCUCAUGGCUAUGGAUUUGGCGCACUCGGCCCCCGCUUCUGUGACUCUGGAAGUCUGGAGAAGGAGUUCAGGCCGUCUGUUAGACACAGGCGUGGCUGCUCCAUGCCCUUCGUGGAGCAACCACAUGGAGGCAAACUAAAGGAGAGGAAAGAACUUGUGGGGGAAAUCGCAUCUUUAGGCUUUGCUCUCUCAACUUGCCCUUUCUGCUGAGAACCAGUACUUCUGCACCGGACGUGGGUGCAGCCCGUUUACCCCAGCUGUGGCCCAGCCUUGGCCGGACAAGCCACCAGGGGCCCUGUGUUCCAGGGGCACAUUUGGUGUCCAUUAUCGUCGCUGGCCUGUCCCGCUGUCAGUGCCAGUAAGGACCACCCAAGGCAGAACUUUCCUAAUUACUGUUUUGCCUCCUCCAAGUUGGAUUUCCAUCGCCGUUAGAAACAGGGUGGUUUGUGGGGACAUGUCCAGUGGAGAACUUCAGUGGGAGUGUGUUGAGAAGCAAAGCCACUGGAGCGGCCGGGACAGAGGACGCUUACACGGGAAGGAGGGACUUUCUACGUAAAAUCUUGACCUGGAAAAUGGCUUCCGUCUCCCCAGCUGUGCUGGACGUUUUGGGGGCAGAGCUGCUAGGCUCCCACACUGAAGCUGGAAUUCUGUCCCAGAGAUGAGUCAGGGCUGCUUCUGCAGAGCAGUUCAAAUGAAAAUCAACAGCUUGCCCUCAUCCAGAGUAAAAAUAUCAGCAAUAAAAUAAAUGGUAAAUCACAGUCUCCACUCAGUCACCCCCUUUUCUGCCUGUCAUUGGAGACGCCGCAAAGGAAGAAGUUAAAGUGCCUGGCCAUCCGAGGGGUGCAGGGUUCGGGAAUGCACAAGUAACCGGGCACAGCCAGACACUUGAUGGCGGUCUUCUCCACGCUCCGUGCUUUAUCCGUGGUGAGGACACUGACGACAAUCAGAUUGGAAACAUGCUGGACCUCAUACACCGGGGAGCUACGGGGAGGGUCAGAAUUUGGGAAAGAAAACGGAGAGUGCCCCAGAGAGAACAGGGUUGUUUUUGAACUUCUGAGGGACAGAAAGGUCUAUGAUAGAGCCGUCUUCCUGAGCAGAACGCAGCCAGGCACUGAAAAGACACCCCCCCUCCCCCGCCGCCACCCCGCCCCACACCCCUAGCCAGCAGGCAGGAGGGGGCCUUUUGCUCUUGCCUGAUCAGCAAAGCGUCUGUGAGCUUUAUGUGUCUAACUGGCCAGGGAGACGGUUUCUGUUGUGGCCAAACGCAGCGCACAGCACCAUUUGCCCCUCGCCCAAACCCAGAACGCCUCGCCCCGGUGGGAGCUCCGCCAGCCGUUCUGGAUUCCCCAACGGAAAGAGCAGGGAGAUGGAAGAAAGGGGCGGUACUGCGCAGAGGCCCGCAGGUGGCGAAAAAGUGCCCCAGGUGCCUUGGUGGCUGGGUCGGAGGAGCCUGGCUCACCCCUGGGAUGGCGGGGGGCAGGGCAGUGGAGCUGUCUGGCAGCAGGUAGCCUGGUUUGUUUACAGCAAAAAGAACUACAGAUGUGUCAUUUAAGAGAGGCUCGGGACAUGAAGAGUCUCUGGAUGUCUGGAGCCAGAAUGGGUAGCCCAGUGUCGUCUAGAAACAGAGCUCGGCACUCACUGAGUUGCGGCUGGGUCCCAGCCAGCCUUGGGACCUUUCUCAGGAGAUAAAUGUUUCUUAGACCCAGGAGUUUUUACUCCAUGGCUUAGAGCAGGUUAGCUGAGUGGCUGUGGACAGUGACCGGAAAGGGACUUCGGGAUCUCGUGGUCCCGGAAGUUGGGCUGACCGUCCCGGAAGGCAGAGUAACGCUUCACGUAGUGCGCAUGCGCGACCCCGGAGCUUGCGGAUUUCCAGGCCCCUCCUCCCCACAGGCGUGCACAGUCCGCAAGGAGAACAGGCGGCUGGCAGGCACCUGCUCCACACCGUGGUGGUGUCUCUGGGCGCCCUCGCGGUGACCCCCCGGGAGGUGGGAGGGUAGGGUCCGUGAGACUUCAUCACCGUGACAGGAAUGUCACCUGUGAUGUAGGGCUCUGAGGAGCUGUCUGUGUGGUGCCCAGAAAUGGGAAGGACUCAGGGAGCCUCUGUUCCACACGACUCUUAGGAGAGCCAACGGGAACGUGGGGACAGGAAGAGGAACGGAGAGGCUGAGUGUGAGAUGGGCCCCUGGAUCGGGCUGUGGCCACGACCUCGUUGUUCUUCAGUCAGUGCUCUUAGGUUUGUGGGGCUGUCCAGCAAGGUCCCAGGGGUUUCUGCUUCUAGAAGGAGAGGGCGCACGAGCUCAGCCAUCAGCCUCAGCACCCAGGAAUGCCCCAGCGAGCAGUUCGACUGGCUGCCCGCCUCCCUCCUGCCAUGAUCAGGUAUCACCCAGUCAGCCCAGCAGACCCCUGGCUCUGGAAGCCACUUCUCCGGGUCUCAACCUGAAGCCUGACGUUGAAAUGUCCUUUCGUCACUCUUAGAGGUGGUUGAUGGACCCAGGGUAACGACUUUCUUUCUAAAUGUUUGUGUUUUACCAUAGCUCCUCUGUAUAAGGUGUCCCAGUGUGUAGAUGUUUUCAGGCAUAUAUAUGUAUACACACACGUGCACUUUGUGGCUAAAAGCAUUGGAUGAACCUGUGGUGUGCUCAGCCUGUAGCUUGGUUAGUUAAAUUAAGGUAGAGGCAGAAGCUGCCAGCCAGCCACACUCGUUGGAAAGCAAAGCAUCCACUGCUCGAGCUGACCACUCACCUGGUUGUGAGCAGGGCGUCUUCUCCGGGUCCUGGACCAGGUAACAGAUAUGCACAGAGCACUGACUGGGGCUGCGCACAGUCAAUCUCUCUCUCGCUUUCUCUCUGUCCAUCCCCCCUUCUCCACCACCCUCCCCCCAACCAAAACCUGCCUGAAUCUACAGCACAAUCAGAAGGAUCUGGAGAUCGAGAGCCCCCUAGCCCUCCUACAUGCCAUGUGCUCACGUGCUUAGUGUGAACUCUCGGCAUGGAUUCUCAACUGUUAAUAAUAAAUGGCAACAUUCUUUUAAGACCUGUUUUGUGCAAGAUAAACUACAAAGGUUUUUGAGUGGCGUUGUGCAGUUGCCACACACACACACACACACACACACACACACACACACCCCCCGCAGUCCUGACAAUAGACAGCUUCUCUGAUGACCUUCAGGCAGGAGCACAGGAAUGGCCUCCACCAAUCCGCCCAGCAGGGUGCUUCUCCCAGCCCCUUGGCCCCACCUCCGGGAGACGCAGCCUGGAAAGAGACAGACCCCAGCUGUUUAUUUAUUUGGGGUUUGUAAAUCCCUGGAAGUAA